AUGACUCAAGUUCUUCUCACAGUUUUUGCCAUCGUUGCCCUCUUCGGAGCUGUUCACUCGUGAGUUUCCUAAUUUUUUGUGGUAGUUUUGAAAUUGUUUUUUUUUGAAUUUUAGACAAGUCGAAAACGAUGAAUGGGAUCCAACUACACGUGAUCGUACACAACAAUGUGAUGAAUUCAAAGAAUGGACAAAAGUUGAAUAUUUCUGUAAAGCAUUCAAUAACUGUUGUGAGAAAGCCUUUGAUCCACUAAACGGUGACAAAUGUCAAACCAAAACCCAAGUUUGUGAAAAAACCGGAGAUGACAGUUUCCACACUGUUUGCCAAUACCAAAAUUGCACGGAAAUGAUCACCACAACAACAACCACAACAACACCACUUCCAAGAGAAGAAUAUGCCAAUUCUGGAAUCAAUGGUAAGUGGAAAACAGAAAAACAAAAUAAUAAUUAAGAAAAUGUUACAUAAAGCACAACAUACCUGCUCAUAAAUAAGAGUCACAUUAAUCAUACCACAUGCAUUUUAUAUGUGCCUAAGCGGUUUUAGGAGCAACGAAAAAAAGCCAGGUGCACAUUUCACAAGCAAUAUGUAGUAGUAGAUUUUUGGCCUCGGGGCAAGAAAAGGGUCCCUAGAGAGAAGUGCACAUCAUUAGAAGCUGCUUGAAACAUUGCGAACGGAAAUUGCAUGACAAUUGAGUAGAGUGUUCAAGUAGAAGGAUAAGAACGUUGCUUAUAUGGAGAGGAAGUGGAAAAUAAAUUGAAUUUUUGACGAGAAGAAGGGCAUCGCAACUUUUUUAUCCCCCCUUUUCUUAGUUUUUUUGCGUUCUGUUCUGUUCCAUCGAUUCCCGCACGCGUGAUUACCUCCUAAUUGGCAAGAUAGAGGGGCAGGUGUGUGUGCAACCUUAGGGAUUAGGGAUUACCUGGGCCAUGCCAGGUGAAAUUGUGAUUCAAAAAACGUAUACCCUAAAUUACAGUAUUCACCGCAACAUCGAUUGUCGUCUCGUUCCUCUACCAAAUUAUCGUUGUGUAA